AUCUGUCAUUUUUAACUUCAUCUUCCAGGCUGUUCCAUAAUCUUAAUCCCUGGAUUAAGUACAGUAACAAAGUAUUUGUACUUAGUUACUGUACAACUCUGGAGGUAAUAAUGUUUCCUGUGUGUAGACAGGUGACAGCCACUGUUCAGCACACACCUGAUGUGCUCACAGGUGUCAGCAUGUUGCUGCUGUARACAUGGCCACGUGGUGUUUACCUGGAUCCAUAUGAACUGACAUCACUGAGGGAUCAACACUGGCAGAUAUUAAUAGAUCCAAGCAUUGAUCUAGAGCUGCCAGCUCACAAGACUUCAGGAUUUCUGACCUAUGUGUAUCCCACCAACACUGGACCAACAUCUGCGCUUCAUAAAGUAACGAUUCCAGUACACGGACGCUAUCAUGAACCGUCUUCUGUUGGACAAACAUUCACAUCUGUUCAUAUUGAACCUCCUGAGCUGCUGCUGAGGACUGAUGAAUGUACACACCUGAACAGACUGGAGUCUUUUACUGUAGUGGAUGCACCAUGCACUGUCAGCAAUUCCAGCAUGUGUUUGUGGGUUAAAACCCAUCAUCAGCAGGAGCCCAGCACCAUCAGUUUCCAGGUUCCAGUUGGUGACGGGUCUGUGGGGCUGCUUGUAUGUGGCCUGACUCUCCUUGUGACGGUGACCUGCUGUGUGGCACUGACUAAAAACAUGCUGAAACAUCGCAUCGAUUAAYGCUGCAGAACCUGUUCA